AUCGCGCCGAGGGAGCCGUCCGAUAGGCAAGAGUAGCCGAGCCGGCCGAGCGCGUCGAUCGGGCUGGGCUCCGCCAUGUCGCUGCUGCUGCCGCGGGGUCUGUGCGGCGCCGCCGCCGCCGCCCGGGGGCUGCUGGUGCCGCGGGGCUGGAUUUCAGGGAGCCAUGUGUGUAACCAGUAUGGAACAUCAGGUUCUUUGCCAGGGGAAAAAAAAGAAUUCCUGCAAAAUGGACCAGACUUACAGGACUUUGUCUCUGGAGAUUUGUCAGACAAGAACACGUGGGCUGAGUAUAAAGGCAAUUUAAAGCGUGAGAAAGGAGAAAGGCUGCAUCUUCCUCCAUGGUUGAAAACAAAGAUUCCCAUGGGAAAGAACUACAAUAAACUAAAGAAUACCUUGAGAAGUUUAAAUCUUCAUACGGUAUGUGAAGAAGCACGUUGUCCCAACAUUGGAGAAUGCUGGGGAGGUGGGGAAUAUGCCACAGCGACAGCUACUAUUAUGCUGAUGGGUGACACGUGCACCAGAGGCUGCAGAUUUUGUUCAGUAAAGACUGCAAAAAACCCCGCUCCGCUGGAUCCGCAGGAGCCUUACAACACAGCCAAGGCUAUCGCGGAGUGGGGCUUGGACUACGUGGUGCUGACGUCAGUGGACAGAGACGAUAUACCUGAUGGUGGAGCAGAACACUUCGCAAAGACAGUCUUGCAUCUGAAAGAAAGUAAUCCAAAAAUCCUGGUGGAAUGCCUAACUCCCGAUUUCCGAGGGGACCUUAAAGCAGUGGAGAAAGUCGCCUUGUCGGGACUGGAUGUGUAUGCCCACAACGUGGAAACUGUGCCGGCACUGCAGAGGAAGGUCCGCGACCCCCGAGCCAACUUUGAGCAGUCUGUCCGUGUGCUGAAACACGCCAAAGAGGUGCAGCCCGGUGUCAUUUCCAAAACCUCCCUUAUGCUGGGGCUAGGCGAGACAGACGAGCAAAUAUAUUCCACAAUGAAAUUAUUGCGAGAAGCAGAUGUAGAUUGUUUGACCCUAGGACAGUAUAUGCAACCAACAAAACGUCACCUAAAGGUCGAGGAGUACAUAACUCCCGAGAAGUUUAAGUACUGGGAAAAAGUAGGAAAUGAUCUUGGAUUUCAUUACACUGCUAGUGGGCCUUUAGUGCGUUCUUCCUAUAAAGCAGGUGAAUUCUUCUUGAAGAACUUAGUAGAAAAAAGAAAGACAAAAGCCAUCUGAAAAUGAGAGUGAACCUGUUUAAAGCAGCCAGUUUAAAGAAUCCCUUUUUCAGGGUAUAUUUAUACUCAGUUCCAGAAACAGAGAAGAACAGAUGGUGGCUAUAUGAAUAAACUUACUAUCUUUCCAGAACAAUUUUUUCUCAUCAAAACACAUUAUUUUACCUCAUUUCUCCUGUCAAGGCUACAACAACAGAGUACUUCUAGUGGUCAGCAAAAAGAAGAUAGAACUGAUUUUGAAAGAGUGAUGGAACUGAGGUGGAAGAAGUAAACGUAAGCUGGGAACAAAGACUGGGCAGAUUUAUAGGUCUGUUAUGACUGUCAGCAUUGCUGCAGUUAAUACCUGUAAAAGUGCUGAUAGUAAUUUGAAAGGUACUGAUACUGUGGUGUAUCUUACUAUUAUGUAACAUAAGCUUGCAGGGGCUCUGGGAACUAUAGGAGUUCUAAAGAAAGACUCUGUACAUGAUAAUGCACCAGAUUAGGGCUUUCUUGAACUGUGCCAGAGAAAGUAUAGUGAUACUCCUUCAAAAGACAGUAUCUCUUACCUGCAUCAGAGAAAAUGAGCUGUACCAUUCUGAUAGCUAAAGCUUUUCUAGAGCUUGCAUGUCUCCCAGUCCGAGCCUUGGUAUAUAAAAGGUAUCAAACUGAAAAAACCAAAAUGUUCUUUCUGGCAAGACAAUUAACCUUCUGUAGAUACCAUUAAUUUAAACCAUUUGGAAAAUCAGAGUUGAUGUAGGAGCAUAAAUGGAGCUACCCCUAAUUUAUGUACAUGACUGUAACAAACCCCACUGAGCUGCACAGAUGCUUAUUUAGUAUUGCGUAUGCAGACUUGCUGCUGUUCUGUACUGUGCUCCUAUUGCAUGGCUAUUGUCUUGUCAUUAAAGGAAAAUUAAAACCGCA